ACGUGACACUAAAGUCGGUGUGCGCAUGCUCGAAUCUCGUAGCAACCACAGACAGGGAUUGUCACCAAAGGACUCUGUAUAUAAAACUAUACACACACACCCACACAUAUAUAUAUAUAUACACCCUAUCAUAAAUAUAUACACGGGUAUAUAUAAUCACACAGAAUGUCUGAAGUUGAAGAGACACUUAAAAGGAUCCAGAGUCACAAAGGCGUCCAAGGGAUCAUAGUCAUAAACCAGGAAGGUAUCCCAAUUCGGACAACAAUGGACAAUUCAACCACUGUACAGUAUGCAGGUCUCAUUCUGGAGCUGACAUCGAAGGCCAGGAGUACAGUCCGUGACAUUGACCCUUCAAAUGAUUUGACCUUCCUCAGGAUCAGAUCGAAGAAGCACGAGAUAAUGGUAGCACCAGAUAAAGACUACCUGUUGAUUGUUGUGCAGUCUCCUUCAGAGUAGUUAAUGAAAUCUGGACA